GCCAACAGCACCAGCAGUGAUUUCUUAUGGCUAUCAGAGGCCUAAGACUCCAACAUAUGAGGCAUCACGACUUAUGGCCACAUUACCUGGUUAUAAAAGACCAAAGACACCUACAUAUGGAAUACCACCUUCUGGUGUAUCACCUGUAGCCUUUCAGAGACCUAAAACCCCAACCCAAGUGGCUCACAAGUCAAAGUCUGGCUAUCGUGGAUUGACACCAGCUGAAUAUGCUGCUCAUGGUGGAAUCAAAACUUUCUCUCCAGCAUUCGGUAUCGCAAGUUCUAUAACAGCAACUCAAGAGGAGGUUAAAUCUACAAAAGAGGAAUCAGCAGAGAUUAAAACACCCAGCCAAGAACCAUCUGUGAAGGCACAACCAACAGCCGAGGUGUCUACAGUCAAAGAAACCCCCAAAGAUGUGAGACAUGAGAAUGUUUCUGCCACCCCUUCAAUCCCUGUUAUAGUUGUUACACAAGCAUCUGACUCCCCAGGAACAACGUUAACACAAGAGACAAUCACGGUAUCCAGUCAGGUUGCAGCAAAACAAGAACAUAGUGUGAUUCAAGAAACACCAAAGGCUAAACCUCCAACAGCAGUGGUGAAGACUCCAGUGAUGGAGAAGAAAAUUGAGAAGGUGGAAACAACAGUUAAAGAAGUUGUCAAGCCAAAGGAAAAAACUCCUGAACCCAAACAACCUCCGCCCAAAGCUGACAACCAGGAUCCUCUGAGGGCAGUAAGAAGACUUUUAGGCAAAGCCCCGGCUGGGACAACCGAGACAAAAGAACCAGCGAAACCGAAAGUUCCCACCAAGACUAUAAGUGAAGGCUCAAAGCCGGUGCCAGCUCUGCCGGUGAAGGUUCCUGCUAAACCAACAGGAAGUGAAGACAAAGGAAAAGAUAAAGCAGAAACAUCUCCAGCAGUUAAACCUGCACCUGCGAAAAAGGAAGGCGACACGGGCCUCCCAGAAGCCGAGCCUCUUCUUAAAGUCAUAAAAAAGCCAAAGGGACUGAAAGCUAGUGGUUGGUCCCGACUCAAGAAGCACAUGGUGGUGGAGCAGGAGGAGCCCAAGUUUCCAGUGUUGGGCGUUCAGCAAGAGGCGACUGGGAAGGACCAGAGCACGGAGAAGCUGGCUGACGACACGGCCACCGCUAAAAAGCCUGACAAGACAGCCGGCGCUCAGGACGAGAACCAAACCGAAGACGCUCCCAAAGCAACGAAGAUGUGGGAUGCCGUCCUCUUCCAGAUGUUCUCCACUAAAGAGAACAUCAUGCACCAGAUCGAGCUAAGCAAAACCGAGAAGGAGGAGACAAAAGAAGAGAAAAAACAACAAGAAGAAGACGACGAAGAAGAGACGAAAGAGAUACCCUCGUUCGCGCACCGGUUGCCCGUGUUGCUUUUUAGUCCGAGGUUUGACGCCAAAAAGCUCCGAGAGGCGGCGUCGAGGCCCGUCACGAAGAUUUCAACGGUGUUUGAAAUGGGGCUGAUUGGGCGCAAAGGUAAAGACGAGGAACCAAAAGACUUUAACAGAACGGCGAGGGGUUUCAAUCCUAGUUAAAGUACAGUGGUGGAGAAAA